AUGUCUGCCAACAGAGUUUACGUAUCUAAUUUAAAUUUCAAUACUACAGAGGAUGAAUUAUUGGAACAUUUUAAAGAGUUCCAAGUGAUCUCAGUACUUAUCCCCAGCCAAACGGUGCGCUUCUUUAGAAACAAUCAAGUGCGCCCCCUGGGUAUUGGUUAUGCCGAGUUUCCAAAUCCUGAGAAAGCCCAAGAAGCCAUUGAAUCGUUAAAUGGCCAACUCUUUAAGGAUAGAGAAUUAAGAUUGAAACCAUACGUACCUUAUUCUCCUGAAAGGGUCUCUAGAAAAGUAGGUAAAUCGAGAACAUUCUCUAAAUUGAGAAGAAGUAGAAAGGAAUCUGGAGAUGUUUUAAUUUCUGCAUCUGGACCUUUUAAUGAAGAUCUAGCCGCUCAAGGUGAUAGUACCUCUCCUGAAGCGGUUCCCGAGGCAUCCAAUGAAUCUUCACCUCAUGAACACAGAGAAGGCGACCAAGAGAGAAAUUCCGAAGCCGCUGGCGGCAACGACGGAACCAAUGUGACUAAUCCUGGGAAUGCUGCUGCUUCAACUACAGCAGCCAAUGCCUCUAGCUCUCUUUCACCUCAAGAGAUGGCCUAUUCUAACGAUACUCUUUAUCUGGGUUAUUUACCUAAAGAUGUCGAUGACAUUGAAAUUCGUGAUCAUUUAGAUAGUUAUUAUCCCAAUGAAAUUUGGAUCUUUAGAACAAGACCAAAGGGUAAACAUUUACAAUUACAUCGUCACUUUAUGGCUGCAUUGGUUACCGUAAAGACUAGGGAGAAUUUAGAUGAUGUGGUGGCGGCACUAUCAAAGAAGAAGUUUAAUGGUAAAAAGAUUACUAUCAGAAAAGCUCGUCUCAGUAAACUGAAGGAAGUACAAAGUAUGGCUGACUCACCACCUACUGAACAAUUAGAUGUUGAUGCUAUAUCACAAUCAAAAUUACAAGCCCAAUUACAAGAAGCUACAGAAAAUACUCAACAACUGGAACAAAUCCCACAAAGUCAAAAGGUGACUGCUUAA